GCGCCUCAUCUCUUCUUGCUCUGCCAUCCGCGUAUAUAUAUGCACACUGUUGCUAUAUCAUAUCCAUAAUUCUGAUCCCGAAUUGGGUCUCAUUCCGGGAAUUAAUUUCGCUCAUCUGUCCACUCAGAUACAUACGUCCAGAUCCACCCUUAGUAACUGUCUGCUUUGUGCAGAGACACUAACUGCAUAUGAUCGACUGAUCCUAUAAGCAAGCAAUUCCACGCCAGUGCAGCCAGAACUCAAUCCACCUGUCGGUAUGUUUUAUUUCAUGUCUUAUCUCCUUUAUCUAUCUGUCUCGUCAUAAACAGUUAUAUGCUUUCCUACAAGCUAGCUUCACAAGAGUCCGUGGGGAGUGUUGUGUAGUCACUUGGGAAGACAUGCGUCCUGUUGGUCUGCAUUGUGUUCCUAUCUGCUUCCCUCAGUCUCCCUCGUUCUUUCCAUUUUUGCUUCAAUACUUCCCUUGAGCAUGGCCCGCUUGGGCCGGGUCAUAAAGGCGUUGAAGGAGGGAAGGACCGCCGCUGACCCAGAAGACAACAACGUGCUUACGCCGUCCACCUCAGAUCGCAGUGCUCCUCGAAUUAGCCUCCCUUAUGUGGGAUCCCAUCUGAAUAUGCAUCAAUUCAACGGUAUAUUUGAAGCUGCUUCUCUAGAGGCACGAAAUGGGCAUUCCGCUGCUGUUGAUUCACCCGCCGAGACAGCUCUCCCUCAGUCCCCAAACCCUUCCAAUGGCGAAUCGAUAACAAACGAAUGGUCCGCGGUCGGGCACGCGGCCACCGGCAAAUCUGGCCGUGUCAUACACAGUUUGCAGGAGGAAAUCGCUCGCCUGACGCGCGAAUGCAGCCUGUAUCGCUCACGAGCAGAAGAAACGCAACGAAUGAAUGACGUGUUUAAAACCCAGGUGCAGAACAUGACGGAACAGCUUCGGAAUCUGGAAAUGGCCAACGAAGCAAACCUCCAUUCGAUCUCCCGAAAGGAUAGGAAGAUCGAGUCCCUGAGAGCAGAGAUACAAAUCGAGAAGAACAGACGAGAGACGGCAGAAGGAGAAUCGCGUAAAGUUCACCAUCUGAUGGUUGAAUCGCGUGAUGAGUUCAAUCGGAAAACCGCAGAGCUUAACGAGAUUGCCAACCUUGCCCGGACUCAAUACGACGCACUUGCUCAAGCCGGGCAACGGGAAAGAGCGGAAAUGCAGCGAAGAUUUCAAGCCAUUCGUGGCGACAUUGCCUCUUUGAGGGAGGCCAACGAAAAGAAGAACGUGCAGUUAGAGCGGUUAGACGCUAUUAUGGCCCAGAAGAAUCGCGAGAUCGAGGCCAGCAGGGAAAGCUUCGAUAAACUAGUUGAGGACUAUGCCGCGUAUAAGAGAGCGUACGAUAGCGAAGUACGAGAGAUGAUUGAAAGGGCCUACAAAAAUGAGGCCAAGCUCGAUGUGGCCGUCAUGUCGCUCAAAGAAACCGAAGGGAGAAUGAGGUGGGCUAUCAACCGGACUGUUGCCAAAGACCUAAACGAGAACAGACAACACAACACUCCUGCUCUGGAACAAUCAGGACCAAACAUCCACGAACGCCAAGAUGGUGCAGAUUAGGAACGACUGCCUGCUUCCUUAUACGAGCGUUUCUUUUCCCGUCGAACGUCCAACCUUACGGAGUAUUCAAACUAAGAGAGACCGCAGCCCCGUCUCACUCUCCUAAUAGCUGUUUUAUAUGUGAAUGCCCUACGUUGGUUCUUAACUUUACCUUCGCAGAGUUGAAAAAAAGAAAUUUAGAUACCCUGGGAUUGUGGUUUAUUGAUCAUGGAUACCCCAACUUGCAUGUUCAGGGAAGCUAAACUAUGAUAGACAUGGUUGAAUAUAAUAAUAAUGCAUAAGAGUGCAGAAAUGCUUUGCACCUCAAGACUGGCAUUGGUUGGUUUGAUC